CGGCAAUUGCGGUAAAGAUACGCGAACGGAAGCACGUAUGAUGGUCGUUAGAUACUGGCAAAGAUCGUAUGAUCUGAAUGUUUACCACUUUUGAAGCACUGAGUAAUGCGGUCGCAGUUCGGACCUCACAUAGCGCUUUAAGCAGUAUAAAAUGGUGGAUCUGGAAGCGAAAGAAAAACCACUCCUUUACCAAGUCUUGAUCAAUUUAUAAAGUCAAAAAUCCGCUACUGAUAUAUUGCCCAUCAUCCUCAGCAAAGCUAUAAGCUAGAAACAAUGGCGUUGUCAUUCAGUAAGUCAAACAAACAAGAGCCGUACUCAAUCCGCUCUGAAUUCACCGCAUGUAUAUCAGCGGAAUUUCACCCCCAUUUUCACCAGAUCGUCCACCUAACCAUUUCGAUUCCGCAGACUACCCGUACCCGUACUACAUCUAUCCUCCAGAGCUGUACCACGUCACGUACCUGAACGAGACGUUCCCGGAGCACCACCUGCCGUUCUACGAUGCUCGCCACAAGCUGGCCAGCGGACUGCACAACUUCUGGAAGGACACCUGGCCACAGCCCAAGGCGGACGUGUACGAGACGCCAAAGCGUUACUACAUCGAUGUAGAGCUGCCGGGCGUCGAGUCCAAGGACCAGAUCAAGCUGCGGUGGACCAACUCGCGCACCUUAUACCUCGAAGCCGAGAAGAGGAGCAGGUCCUUCGACGACGCGACCGCGAACGAGCCGGCUAAGCCGGACGAGAAAAAGGAGCCGGCGGCCCAAGCAACCGACUCGACCACGCCCGUCAAGAUACAGGAGACCGGUGAAGGCUCGACGAGCACGACCAAGUCCAAGGAGCACAAGCCGAAGCACAACGUGCACGCCCUCGUGAGGGAGCGCGACCUCGGCAAGCUGAAAAGGGCCUUCUAUUUCUCCGUGGGCAUCGACCGCGAGAAGAUGACUGCCAAGCUCCACCACGGCAUGCUCGAGAUCACUUUGGACAAAAUGGACGAAGAUGCACCUGCCGAGCACCAUGAGGUUGCCAUUGAGCACGUUGGAGCGAAAUGAAAAGGAGGCUCAGCUCUGAGAAACGGAAGCGCGUCGUACGAGAGAGUGUAUAGCCUGCGAGGCUGUCUGAUUGUAGAUGUUCGUCCAUUUAUCCUUCUACACGCUCCUUAUUGAAUAGACUCGGCAAAUUAAUAGGGCUAGGCAGACGUGUAAGCAUGAACAUCUAUGGUUUCCUUCGCUAAGAUUCAUUUUAUACACAAAAGCACAGACACAAGGAAACUACUAACACAAAGCUGUCCGAUCUGCCACCCAGUGGGAAAAGGAAAUAGCCGCGUUCAUACCAACAAUACUGAUUGCUUUUGGUCGACCUGCUCGACAGUAAAAUAGGUUACGCCCUCCCCAUGCUUGAAUUGUUAAAGAGUCACAUACUACCCG